AUGGUGGUAAUAGAUGACGAUAUGGUUUAUUAUCAUUUUGGUCCCAAACCCUUGCCAAUAAAAUGUCCUUACUGCAAAAAAAUGGUGAUUACUGAUGUCGUAGACGUACCAAAUAUAUUUACUUGUAUAUACUCAACUCUGCUAUGUUUAAUUUGUUGUCCUUUAUUUUGGGCGCCAUAUUUCUGUACGCCCUGUAUGACGCAAUACCAUUUCUGUCCAUUUUGUAACAAAUUGUUGGGAGUUUAUCCUUAA